AUCUGUGAUUCGAACUGUGACUUCUCAGAUUAUUGCUAAAGUCCCUAGUGUUAACCUUUAUCGCCUUACCAAAAUGUCGCCAAACUACCUGUUACUAUAUUCCAAAGAUUAGCCGUUAAAACUUUGCUUAUAUUCAUGUGUGUUUCGUUUAAGUAUUUUAUAGUGAGCAUUUAAUUUGCAAGAAAGACAGAUCUCAAUUCAUACUUGCUUAAACGCAAGAAAAUUGUAAAUUCUGAUACGGAGCAUUAAGUGCAUAAUAGUUAAGUAAUGAAUAUUGUUUCUGUUGUGCAUGGUUUUAUGUCUUAAAAGACUAUGAUAUGAAAUUCUGUUUAAAGAUGGGCUAGAAAUCAAGGAAAGGUGUGAGUGUCUUUAUUCUUGUACAUGUUUAACUGAAAAAUCAUCCCAGAAUUGCACAAAAAUGGCAUUGCGCACACUCUCGACUUUAUCCAUGUACACUGCUAAAGUCCUACCUAGUAACUUUUAUCGCUUUAUUAAAAUGUUGCCAAACUACCUGUUACCAUAUUCCAAAGAUUAGGCAAAUAAACAAUUAACAGAGUUACUUGGACACUGGUAAAUAAGAACACAAUGAUUGAAAUAACAACAUAAGAGUUACUGCAGACCUUUGUUUCACCACUUUAAGUUAAUGGCAGCCAAUCAAAGCAAAGCCUUCAGCGCAUGCCUGAUCUUCCCGUGAUUCCAUGUUUUGAAAGUUUAAUGGCGCCUGUUUGCAUGUGUUGGUGGAUAGUCGAUGGUGUAUUCGGAUAAUUACAAGGUCUUACAAAAAGCUUAUUACAACAGAAAGAUGUUCAGUAAAUGAUGAACAUACGGAACUUGUUGAAAAUGCACUUCGAAAGAGGUUCCUUCUUCAUUCCUUACACCUCUAUCCUUUUAUUAUUGCGCAACCGUUCAAGUGAUAUGCAUUUCCCAGGUGAAGGCACCAGUGCUUUAUCGUGGGGUCAACAGGUGCUGUCCAUCCACCAACUUAUUAUGGCUGACUUUAUUGAAGAGACUGAGCGGCAUUACGAGGGCAGAAGGCGCUUGCCUCACUGUAGGACAUGCGUCUGCCCGCAGCAAGAAGUGAAGAUGAGAAGCAAAGUUUUCGUAUCCACUCACAGCAAGCCAAAGCCUCCCGUGUCGCCUUUUGGGGUUGAACCACGUGGGCAGAAAUGCAUAUGCGGAUGCCGUCGAUCCACAGAUGGUGAAUGGGAAUGCAGGAAUAAGGCGAAGGCUUAUUAUCACCAAAGCGUGGUUUCGCCAAACAGAGUAGAACGAAAAAUCCACGCUGAACAUAAAUACACUUUAUUGGAAAACUGGUUUAAUAGGUUUGAUCUGGAUUGCAAUGGGCUCCUCGAUGUAUUUGAACUAAAAUCUUUGUUCAAUUUCCUUGGAGUCAACGUACCCAAUGAUUAUGUCAGCAGACUACUAGAGCGAGCUGACAGAGACAGGGAUGGUUGUCUUUCUUUCCCGGAGUUUAUGCAUAUGUGGCGGCAAAUCCAAUAUGAAGAUGAGUUCUAUGACAUCAUACGAGAACACGAUCUUUUUCCGGACGUCCUGCCAUUGGACCGUUGUCCGACUCUUUAUCCAAGACACCAGGUGACAGAAACUGUUCGAAGAAAGUUCGGCCGCGUGCGUCAAUGUGGUUGCGAAGGAACAAUAACAAAAACAUAUCGAAGGAGCCCCAAAGAUCACACCAUGGAGCUUAAAACGAAGAUAUCCCAUUCACCUGCGCCACGGGAAGAAAAGUUCCCAGUGUUUCUUGUUAUCGCUAAUUAAUGUGAAGAAAAAGCUUGUAAUGGAAGAAAAAUGAGAAAUAAAUACAUAUUUGGCUACUUAUUUAUGGGAAAGCAAUUG